UCCUCACAAACAUUAGACCCGCCGUCUCGUGGUGAGUGCAAUUCACCGUCAAAUGACCGGUAAGCUUUCCCCGGCGGAAAUUUCUAAGGAAAAAAAAAAAACUUUCCCCGGCGGACUUCAGCACUGCGAAUUUCAUAUUGGCAACGGUCAAAGUAGACAGAGACUGUCAUGGAAGCGCUGUUAAGUUCGGAGCCUUUUCUCUCUAUUCGGGUCGCGGAACCUUGCCGCCUCAACCGUUUGAAUAUUCACAUUUCUCUGCGGUUUCCCGCGGAAAUUGGAGGUCGUUGUAUCGCGAGAGCUCGCUCGCGGGCGGUGAAAGCUGUUAUAGACUCGGCUACGCUGGAUCAAUUAGGAAUAUCGGAAUCCGAAAUUAGGAAUCCCGCGGUUUCUUCCACUUAUCGGAGCUCGAAUUUGCCGAAGCCGAAUCAGACUGUGCUGGAAGCUCAGGCUAGGGUUUGCACCGGACCUGAAAUGACCAAGCCGCUUAGCGAGGAGCAAGCUUUCAAAGUUUUCGACACCAUUUUAAGAUCAGUGAGGGGUGAGCUCAAAGACGAAGAGAGAGUUUCCAGAGCACAGCUAGGGGCUUUCUUCGCUGGAAUGACGAUACGUGCGAAUGCCUUUCCUGAAGCUACUCAGUGGAGUGAAGGGGAAAAGCGUGCAAUUAGCACGUUUUGGCCCCAGCUAGUCCGAGCUUUACCACCUGAUGUAGUCUUCAUUGCUGAUCCUGAGGGCUCUAUAAUGGGGAGUUCGAUAGGGCCGCAAUAUGUUGGCAAUGAUACGACUGAGAUGAGAUUGGUUGGUGCACUUAGGGAGGUAUUAGCUGGGGGUCAUCUCGGGUACGAGGAGGUCCAAGGUGUUCUGAGAGAUGUUCUUCCCUUAAAUGCUGAAGAUGGCAAAGACAGUUCGAAAGAGUCAUUGGUGUCAGCGUUCUUAAUUGGUCAGCGGGUGAACAGGGAGACAGAUCGUGAAUUGAAAGCAUAUUGCCAUGCUUUUGAUGAUGAACUUGGUCCUCCUCCAGUUGCUGAUGUGGGAUCAUUGACCCAUUAUGGUGAACCUUAUGAUGGGAACACACUUUUCUUCUGGAGCACGUUGUUUGUUGCUGCUGUUAGAUCCUGUUAUGGUGAAUCUUCAUUGCUCCAUGGUGUGGACUGGAUGCCACCUAAGGGAGGGAUAACCGAAGAACAAAUGCUGAAGUUCAUGGGUGCAAAUACACACCUAAACUCGUUGCAGGCGAAAGAGCUUCUUGAGGAUAAAGAUCUUGGUUUUGCCUACUUAAGUCAGCGUGAGGCUCUCCCAUCCCUAUUUUCAUUAAUUGGGUUGAGGGAGCACAUAAAGAAGCGUCCCCCACUGGCAACCACAGAAAAGGUUCAACAGUUAGUAAGGGUGAGCCAUAUUAUGACAACAACUGCUCUGGAUUUCGCUAUGACAACAAGACUGAGGAAGGUGCCCUCUCUAUGACAACAAGACUGAGGUCAGGAAAUGCAUCAAAAGGACUCCCGGUCAACUACUGCUCUGGAUUUCGCUCAUCCACUGCGGCAUCUGCUCUUGAAGUUGAUGGUGUCUCACGUCAGAGCUUUAGCAUUGCGGUCAACGCCAAGGAUUAUGGCUUUGAACCCACCGAUACUCCAAGAACAGAUAGAUCGGUUUCCAAGAACAUAGAGCUAGGUCUGGCAGCUCUUCAUGGCCAAAAGGGUCCUGCAUAUGAUCGUAUUGUAUUAAACGCUGGAAUGAUUGAUCACUUGCUGGGAUGUGACGGUGCAGAAGAUGUAAAUUCAGCCCUGGAUAGAGCUAGAGAAGCCAUCGAUAGUGGUCGUCCACUCAAAAGGUUCCUAAAUUAUAUCAAGGCCAGUAAUAAGAUGAAGUGAAUGAGGUCUACAGUAUCCUUUCCACUGGUGUAACACAUUACCUUCUUUCUCGUCCUAGAUCAGAGUGUGAAUGAGAAAUGCACAGUUACAUGUAAUUUAUAGGGCCGUGUUUUUUGUAGAAUCUCAAGAACAUUGCCUUUUAGAGCAAAUGGAUGCUCUUUUUCGUUCUUCUUCCAGCUUUUAUUCAUAACAAUCCAUCAUUCAUUAUAAAUAAGAAAUGCUAAAGACAAACA